AUGGCUCAAGUUACUGGCCUUGAUCCUGAGGCCUCUGUCACGUCGGGCAAUGGCGCUUCCUAUCCUCGCACAGUCCCUCCAAGCUUUUCUUCUCCAUCUGCAUCUGCUUUUGCGUCUGCAUCUGGAUCCAAGAGGCUGAAUCGACGUUCGUACCAGAAUCUACCUCGCUCAAGCUCCCAGUUUCAAGCACAAGCACGUACCCGGCCUAGAGCAAAGUCCGCAUCAAACCUGUCUGCACGGCCUAGCCAGGAUCAGGACCAGGACGUGCGAUUCAACGACGACACUUUCAUCGGCCAGAAGGAGGACGACGGCGAACCGCAUGAUGGCAUUGCAGAGCUGAUUGACUUCCUGAGGAAUCACAGCCCGCCAUCUGGUAACUUUAUGUCUAUCCCUGAUGAUAUCUCCCCCGAAGACAGGGGGCGAUGGUACAGGCUACGGAAGCUGGGCAAAAGAAGCAAAUCAUUUUCCAAGUCGCCUCAGACAAUUCGCCUCCCAGACUCAGCUGUCUCGGGCACCACGAUAGGGGGACACAGGCAUAUCGCAAUAUCUAUCCCCUUGGACGCCUCGCCAUUUGGUCGAGCACCCAGGUCUCAAUAUCCUGUCUACCAGCAACGAAACGCCAGACCCCUCAGUUCCCAGUACGGUCCCACGAGAGCCGUGGUGAACGACAAGGGUGUCGUGACAGUAUUACGCACCGUCAAGGAGGAUCGGGAGACGAGUCCCUCAGUGAGCCCAGCAAAUUCUCAGCUUCUCCUAUCCUCGGUACCUCAACGAUCUCCAAAUACGACGACUGAAGGACAGUUUCAUCCGGGCACUAUUAAUAGCAGCAGCCAGACUAGGUCAUCAGAGCACUUAAACGUUAUGGCGACGCCUCCUCCAAGGGUCGUAUCCUCGGAGCAGGUCAGACAAGCUAACGAGCAGUCCCGAGGAUUUCAAACCCACGAUCAGGGGAACAUGUCUACAGCGAACCCGGCUCAGCAUGAACGAGCUCCCUCGCGAAAUUCCAACUCUACAGGGGGUCGCUUCUUGCAUCUUGGUGACUUAUCGAUCGAUACCAUGAUGUCUCAGCCAGUCACGACAGAAAUCACGACAGAAUCUACUUCAUCUGCCCGUCCUGUCUCCCGAGACGGUUCGUACCAGCAUUCACUCUCCAAAAGCAUCAUGACUACAAGCGACAACGACCCUAUCGUUGCAGAGGCUAGGCCAGUCGAGGCGAAGCCUGUUGCGGCCAGAGAGUCGCGCAUACGACCACCAACCAAACAGUUUGGUGAGCCUUCUGUUACUAUUAUCACAAAAAACCCCCUGCGUGCAUCCCGGGACUAUUCUAGUCAAAAGGGCAGCGAGGAUUCGCCUGCUUCUUCGUCCAAAUCAUCACAAAAUCGUCGUGACAAAGUAAGGGACAAGAAGAAGAGGGACCUUGAGGCUGCUUCCUUGAAGCGACGCAGCAUGUUGGUCAAUACUCCGGAACCCAGACAGGACUCUGACCACGAUACAAUCAAGGAGGUACCGGAGGAUGAUACGGAAGAGCCCCCGCCCGUCCCUCUGAAAUCGCCUCAGCGACAGAGCAUUUGCCCUAUCAUGGUCGUCGCGAACGUCAAGCCAUCGCCUCCUCCAUCAACUAGCAUCAGCACGUUUCCUGAGAAAAGGGGCAGCGCGGAUUCCGAAACAAUCAAGACUCUCCCAAAAUCCAAAUCAGGUGGAGUUAGCUUUCUGAUUGCAGACGAAAGCACAGCAAGCCGGCCAAUUUCACCCUCCCCCGCUUCGUACAUGAAUGGCUCUCCAACACCACCUCAGUCGGCUCGAUCAUCACCAACUCACGAUCAGGGCUCUCAAGAUCGGACAUCCCUCUCCCGACGUCGAGAAUGGAAUGCGGCACGAGACAACCAGCGCAAGCGCAAAGAAGCGGCAUCAAGCAGUAGCCCCCAACCUAGAGCGCGAAGAGCGACUACGGGCCGAGUAGAAAGUGAUGACAACGCAGCUGGUGCGGAGGUUCUUCGACGUUACGAAGCUUACCGAGAGUACCGCAUCAGGGAGAUGGAACGCCGCGUUCGCCGACUAGAGCGUAACGGAGACGUAUGGCUACGAGCACUCGUGCCAGUACUGGACAAUCUCAACCGCACACUCGCCAGUUCCAACGAUAAGAAGUCCAGCAAAGCACAAGGCUGGGUUUCCGAUGAUGACGACGAAAAGUCACAGUUGCAAAAACCAUCCCCGAUGAGACCCUCGAGUCGAGGUCGGAUGAUGGCCAGAGCAGGCACUUCAGAGCGAGAAUUCCUGGAGCAACUCGUGAGAACUCGUGAGGAGCUGGAAGCCGGAAGCAUCAGCGACGACAUGAGCGGAUUCGACACUAUCGAGCCUCUCAUGAGGGAAUUGGCUGGACGAUCUCGACUGAGCUUUGAAGCACGAUCGCUGGGAAUGGACGACGAGGGGUUGCUGCAAUCGCUCUCCCAUUAA